GAUACUUGUAUUACGUUUUCGCUUUACGAUGACUUGUAUAUAAAUGAGCCUAGAUGGAGCCCCUAAACCUAAUCUCGUGCUCAAUAACUCCUGUUUUCUACAUUUCAGAUUUCCAAACAUAAGAUUACUAGCUUCAUCCUUCUGCAAACUACUUAUCAAUAACAACAGCCUUAACCGUACACAAGGUCAUAUUGUCUAUCCUAUUACAUUGUUUUUAUAAGGAUGUCUUCAUCUACGAACUCUUUGAUGAAACCAGUGUCUUCAAGGGAUAUCGAGCCUCGUUCUCGUAGUAAAGUGACUGUUAUAGGUGUUGGAAUGGUUGGAAUGGCUGCAGCAUUCUCUACCAUGCAAGUGGCAGGAGAACUCGCACUUAUUGAUGUCGUAGCAGAUAAGGUUAAAGGAGAAGUUCUUGAUCUACAGCAUGGUCAACAGUUUAUUGGCAGAUGCAAAAUUGAUGGGGGAACCGACUACAAAUACUCUGCAAACUCAGAUAUUGUCGUCAUCACUGCUGGUGCCAGACAAAACGAAGGAGAAUCACGACUGAACCUUGUUCAGCGUAAUGUUGAUAUAUUCAAGAAAAUAAUACCGAAUGUUGUGAAAUACAGUCCAAACUGCAUCAUAGUCGUCGUAUCGAACCCUGUCGAUAUUUUGACAUAUGUUGCUCGAAGAUUGAGUGGAUUUGAAGCUCAUAGAGUAAUUGGGACCGGAACCAUGCUUGACUCGGCGAGGUUUCGUUUUUUGUUAGGUGAGAAAUUGGGAGUAUCUGCCAAUUCUGUCCAUGGAUAUGUAAUUGGUGAACAUGGUGACUCGAGUGUUGCUGUUUGGAGUAAUGUGAAUGUUGCUGGAGUUCGGCUGUCUUCUCUAAAUCCGAAGAUAGGAUGCAAAGAUGAUCCUGAAAAUUUCGAGGAAAUACACAAGCAGGUUGUUCAGAGCGCCUAUGACAUCAUUCGCUUGAAAGGUUACACCUCAUGGGCGAUCGGGUUGGCAUGUGGAUCACUUUGUAGCGCACUACUAAAUAACCUUCAUACAGUUUAUCCACUCUCUGUUCCUGUCAAGGGAAUUCACGGAAUCGAAGAGGAUGUUUAUUUGAGUUUACCAUGUCUUGUAACUUCAGCUGGAAUCAGUCAUUUGGUUCCGCCUGAACUUAGUGCGGAUGAAUUGUGUAAAUUGAGAAAAAGUGCUGCCACUUUGAAUGAAGUGAUACAAAGAAUUAUUUGGUAAAAUUUAAUACAAUUAAAAUAACAGUCUGGUAGUGCAUCAACAUUGCAGUAAUUUCUGUACGUCACCGAUUAUUAUUUUCAUGUUUUACGUUAGGAAAUUUGUUUCCGAAUUACUUAAAUAAAACUUUAUGAUGCUUGUUUCAUAACACAUAGCUGAGUGCUUACGUUGACGAUUAAAUAUAAAUUUGCGGUCCACUAAAUACAGUACUAAUUGUGUUUAAAUUCUUUUCAUUGCAUCAGGGCGGUUACAAACAAGUUUUCUAUAUCAAUAGAUGAACGCUGCUAGCACCUGUCUAUGUUUAGUAAAUCAUAUCAAGCAGAAAUCUGUGUAGCGUAAUCAACAUCCUAACCAAUCAAUUUCUCUUCUCAAUUAUCAGGACGCUUUCAUUUCAUGCUAACUUACGUGCUUGUUGUCAUGGAUUCGAUUAGUUGUUAAACGCAAGUGCAUUUUACGAACUUACGAAUUUGUCGUCUCAUUUUUGUUUUGUUCUCUAAUAUUUCUAAUUCUCAAACAUGUAUUACUUUACAUA